AUGUCUUAUUCAUUGGAAACCUCCCUAUCUUUUCUUUCACCUUUAUUGAAUCAAUUUCAACCGACUACUAAUACCGAAAGAAAUCAAACAACAAAUGUGUUUUUACCACUUUCGCCUCUAUUUGAUGCAGCUGUCGACGAUGACUAUCUAGCUGUUCAAUCUUUGAUAAGCAAAAACUACGAUGUCAAUACAAAAGAUACUGAUGGAAUAACUGCGUUACAUAUAUGUGCGUUCUUCAAUUGUCUUGCAACAUGUGACACAUUGUGUGCAAGACAAGCAUUUGUGAAUGCGAAAGAUAAUCAAUUACUAACUCCUUUGUUUUAUGCAUGUAAAGCCAAUUGUCCGACAAUUGUACGAACAUUAAUUGAUCAUGGAGCGGAUUGUGAUGUUCAGAAUAAAUAUUGGCAAACUCCAUUGCAUGUAUCUGCUUUGUCAUCGGAUGGAUCAACAGGGGCUUUUAUUAUCGAUCAUGUGACAAACGUUGAUACCACUGAUGAAUUUGGAGCAACUGCAUUGCAUUAUGCUUGUAUGUCGGGUAAUGUUGAAAUGGUGAAAAUGUUGAUUAAGGCCGGAGCAAAUGUGAGUUUAUGUGAUCGUAAGCAAAACUAUCCACUUCACUGGGCCGCAUCGGUAGGUUCAAUUGAAAUUCUCAAUAUCUUACUCGAUGCUCAUGCUAAUCCCAACUGCACCAAUGAUCAAGGUUUGACACCUUUACAUCUUUGUAUUAUUGGUAAUCAUAUCGAUUGUAUUCGAAAAUUACUUGAAAUAAAUGUGAACAUCAAUUCCAGAACGCAUAAUGGAAGCUUACCUCUUCAUUUCGCUGCUUAUCUUGGUAACAUGGAAAUAUUCGAUUUACUUUGUAAUCAAUCGAAACCAUCAGAUUUAAUCGAAACAGAUCAAUAUGGAAAUACUUUACUUCAUUUCGCUGCUGCAUCGAAAGCAACCGAUUCAAACGUCAUUCCUCAAUUAUUAGCGAAAUUAAAACUACCGUUAGUGAACACAUUGAAUUUUAAGCAUCAAACUUCACUACACAUUGCAAUUGCUCAUAAUAACGAAAAUGCUGUUCUUCAGUUACUUGCCGGAAGUGCUGAUCCAACAUUGGCUGAUAGUAAUGAAGAUAGUCCACUGCAUUUAUCAACAAAAUUAAUGGCGAAAUCUGACCAAUCAAAUAUACUAUUUGCAUUAGUUUCCCAACAACCAGAUCUUUUGUGUUUGAAAAAUAAAAAUUCAUUGAUUCCACUUCAUAUUGCGCUGAAAAAUUUCGAUUAUCAAUCUAUUGGUUAUCUCAUGCCUGAAAAAGAUGGACAAUUACUUGAGCAAGCCCAACGUUCACUACUAAUAGUCGACUCCAUUGGCCGUCAUUCACUCCACUAUGCUGCCAAUUCAGGUCUAACAACAUUCAUCGAAAAGUUCUUCAAAUCAAUGAGCAAAGACAUCAUCAAUCAACAAGAUUCAUUUGGUUUAACUCCAUUACACUAUGCAUGUAUUAAAUGGCAUGGACUUGAUGCGAUCGAUAUCCUAUUAAAACUGGGUGGCGACGUGAAUAUGAAAUGUCGCACAUACAGCGCAAUUCCACUACAUUAUAUUCUUGUCUAUUGCUAUUCAUCAGAUACGAUUGAACAACUAAUCAAAGCUGGUAGUGAUGUGUCCAUAGGUACAAAUCAUGGCGAAACAUGUUUGUCCUAUGGAAUCAUGCAGAAUGAUACUUAUCUACUGAAAAUUCUCUUCAAUUCCGUUAAAGACCCGACUACAUAUGACAAAUCGAAACUAAUCUUCCUCUCGUGUCUUCAUGGAAAAGAUAAUUCGUUGGAAUAUCUCAUGGAAAAUCUCUCCGACAUCAAUUUGAAUGAAACAAUGAAUGAUGGAAUGACUGCACUUAUGUUAGCUUGUUAUUACGGACAUUGUUCUUGUGUACAUUUGCUUUUGCAUCGAAAAGUGAAUGUGAAACAAGUGAAUGAAAUCGAUGGCAAAACCAGUUUACAUUACGCAGCAUUAAACGGACAAACCGAAUGUAUGCUUGCGUUAUUGCAAGAAUUACAAACAAAUCCAGAUGAUUUAAAAGCAAUUAUCGAUGUAAAAGAUAAAACUGGAAAGACUGCUCUGCAUUAUUGCGUUGAGCAUUCCUCUCCAAAUUGUAUACGUUUAUUGGUAAAUUUCGGUGGCGCGAAUCCAAAUAUCACUGAUUCACUAUCCCUUUCGCCAUUACACUAUUGUGCGAUUUAUAAUGGUGAAGAAAGUUUGCAAGAACUAUUAGAUGCACAUGAUCUACAAGUGAACAUCGUGGAUAAAAACAAUCGAUUACCAUUGCAUUAUGCAGCUGCAAGUGGAAAUGUGACGAUUCUAUCGACCCUUGCUGAUUAUGAUUACGAACAAGUUGCUGAUAUUGAUGGAUUCAGUCCUUUACAUUACGCUGUUUUGAGAGGACAUGAUACUGCAGUUCGUAUUCUACUUGCAUCUGAUGUUAGUGUUCGAUGUUUGAAAACCAGUCGAAUCACGCCUGUUCAUUUGGCUUGUAUGCGCGCUGAUGCGAUAUGCUUACAAGCAAUUCUAAGCGCACUACGAACAGAUAGUGUUGCAACAAUGAUUAACCUACCGACCAAAGUCGACCAAUAUACUCCGUUGCACUUAGCGUCGAUGACAAAAAAUGGUUCAGAAUGUAUUCGAAUCUUACUUCAUUAUAAUGAUGUCAAUGUCGAUGUAAAAGAUCGCUUACAACGAACACCGAUCAUGUAUGCAGUUAUGAAUGGAAUGGAUUCACAAACCAUAAAUAUGUUUCUUGCGAAAUGUAAAAACUUUGACGCUACUGAUCAUUUGAAAAACAAUAUUUUACACUAUGCUUGUUUAUCUAAGAAUGAACCAGUUGUUGAAACUCUUCUCCGAAAAAAUCCAUCAUCGUCAUUCGUCGAAGCGGUUAAUCUUGAACAUCAAAUACCGUUGGACUUGGCCAGAAAAGCUCAGAUGUCACCAUCGAUAAUUGAUACAUUAUUUUCCUUAUCUGGUCGUUUAUAA